AUUUUGAAUGUAGAACUUGAGAGAAGCUUAAAAGAAACAAAAAACAGUCUACGAAUCUGAGGAGAUGAAUAUUCAUACCUAGAAAGUAACAAUCAUGUCAAAACCAUUCGUGAGUUUGGCAAAGAACCUAACCAGAAAUAAUUACUAGCUUUUGGACUUUGGCUGUGCCGUGUAAGAACAAAGCUCCCCCAACUUUUGACUCUCAGUAUAUGUUAACUACAUCACAUGACAUCUUCAUUCCACAAUCACCUAUCCACUCUUCUCCGGUUGUCUUUCUGAACUUUGCCAGGCGAAUCGACCUCACCGGAGUAACGAUGGGAGCAUUCGAAAUGUCCCGACUUCCGCUCCCUGUUUUCAUCUUCUACUUCAUCUCCAUACCAUUCUAUGUAAGUUCACAAACUGUCAGCACUGACCAUGCCAUCUUGCUUAAGCUCAAAGAACAAUGGGGGAAUCCGCCAUCUCUCUGGUUAUGGAAUUCCUCGUCCUCGCCCUGUGAUUGGCCUGAGAUCGUCUGUAGAGAAGGCGUGGUCACUGGAAUCUCUCUCGGAUGGAAAAAUAUCACUGGAGGAAUCCCGGCUUCCAUCUGUAACCUGAAAAACCUCACUGCUCUUGACCUUUCAUGGAACUACAUCCCUGGUGAGUUCCCGGAAGUUCUAUACAACUGCUCCAAUCUCAAAUAUCUUGAUCUUUCAGGGAACUAUUUUGUGGGUCCAAUACCCCAAGGCAUAGACCGAAUUCAAACUCUGCAGUACAUGGACCUUGGCGCCAACAACUUCUCAGGCGAUAUUCCAGCAACAAUAGGCCGGUUGUCAGAUUUGAGAACUUUGAACAUUUGCAGAACUCAGUUAAAUGGCACAUUGCCAGUAGAAAUUGGCAACUUGUCCAAUCUUGAAACUUUGAAAAUGGCGUACAACACUUUGCUGGUCCCAUCGCCAAUACCACAAGAUUUCGGGAAACUGAAGAAGUUGAAGUACCUGUGGUUGACAAAAUCGAAUUUGAUCAGCGAAAUUCCAGAAAGCAUACUGGAUAUUUUGAGCCUUGAGCACUUGGAUUUAUCCUGCAACAACUUGGUUGGCUCUAUUCCUGCUGCGCUGUUCUCUUUGCAGAAUUUAAGCAAUUUAUAUCUCUACCAAAAUCAUUUAUCCGGCGAGAUACCCAGAUCAAUCCGAGCAUCAAAUUUACUUCAUGUUGACCUCUCCACAAACAAUUUAACUGGCACAAUCCCGGAAGAUUUUGGGAAGUUGAAAAGGCUGGAGGUCCUUAAUUUGUUUGAGAAUCAUUUGUCUGGUGAGAUUCCAGGGAGUUUAGGCCUAAUUCCUACGCUGAAAGAUCUUCGUGUUUUCAAUAACAACUUAACUGGAGGCUUGCCACAAGAAUUGGGUCUGCAUUCAAAUCUGAAAGCUCUCGAGGUCUCAAAUAAUACACUAAGUGGGCAGUUACCUGAACAUCUCUGUAAAAAUGGUGUCUUACAGGGAGUGGUUGCUUUUUCCAACCAUCUUAGCGGCGAAUUGCCGAAAGGGCUUGGAAGUUGCAGGACCCUACGCAUAGUCCAGCUUUCUAAUAACAAUUUUUCUGGCGAAAUACCUCUAGGUCUCUGGACUACUUUCAAUCUAUCAAUCGUAAUAUUAGAUGGAAACUCUUUCACAGGCAAGCUACCAGAUAGCUUAUCUUGGAAUCUCACAAGACUGCAGAUAAAUAACAACAAAUUUUGGGGUCAAAUUCCUGAUAACGUUUCUUCAUGGCGAAACUUGGUUGUGUUUGAAGCAGGCAACAAUCUGCUUUCUGGUAAAAUUCCAGAGGAAUUGACAAACCUUCCUCAUCUUACCACACUCGUGUUGAAUGGAAAUCAACUCUCCGGCCGACUUCCAUCGACAAUUGUUUCAUGGGAAUCAUUAAAUACCCUAAAUCUUUCAAGAAAUGAACUUUCAGGCCAUAUUCCAGCAGCAAUUGGUUCCCUUCCUAGCCUAAUUUACCUGGAUUUAUCAGCUAAUAACUUCUCAGGUGAAAUCCCACCUGAAAUUGGCCACUUAAAACUGGCUUCCCUCAACUUGUCUUCCAAUCAGCUUUCAGGGAGAAUCCCAGAUGAGUACGAGAAUCUAGCAUACGGAAGGAGCUUCUUGAACAACACCAACUUAUGUACCACCACCGAUGUACUUAACCUCCCCACCUGUUACUCCAGACAAAGAGAUUCAAAAGGACAGUCCUAUAAAUAUCUUCCUCUCAUUCUAGCUCUCAUUGUCACCAUGCUCGUAAUUGCUUUACUAUGGAUCUUCUUCCUAUAUAGAGGUUAUUACAGAAAGGAUGAGAGAUGCCACCCUGACACAUGGAAGCUUACUUCAUUCCAGAGACUGGACUUCACAGAAGCGAAUAUCUUAUCAAAUUUGACAGAAACUAAUCUGAUAGGAAGUGGUGGAUCCGGCAAAGUGUACUGCAUAGAUAUCAACUGUGCUGGUUAUUAUGUUGCUGUCAAAAGGAUUUGGAGUAACAGGAAGUUAGAUCAAAAGCUUGAGAAAGAAUUUCAAGCAGAAGUUCAAAUACUAGGCUCAAUUCGGCAUUCAAACAUAGUGAAGUUGUUAUGCUGCGUCUGGAAUGAGAACUCAAAGCUCUUAGUCUACGAAUACAUGCAAAAUCAGAGCCUAGAUAAGUGGCUUCAUAAAAGGAAGAGAAGGUUGAGGGCGGCUGCAAUGGACUUUGUUGAUCAAUUUGUCUUAGACUGGCCGAGGAGGCUGCAGAUUGCCAUUGGAGCUGCACAAGGCCUCAGUUAUAUGCACCAUGAUUGCUCUCCACCAAUCAUUCAUCGAGAUGUGAAAUCAAGUAACAUCUUACUAGACCGUGAGUUCCAGGCAAGGAUAGCAGAUUUUGGACUGGCCAAGAUGUUGGCCAGGCAGGGAGAGCCCCACACUCUGUCCGGAAUAGCAGGAUCUUUCGGUUACAUAGCACCAGAGUAUGCCUAUAGAACGAAAGUCAAUGAGAAGAUUGAUGUCUAUAGCUUUGGGGUUGUACUCCUGGAACUCACUACAGGAAGAGAACCUAACUGUGGAGAUGAGCACACAAGCCUAGCAGAGUGGGCAUGGCAGCAAUAUAAUGAAAGAAAGCCUAUUAUCGAUGCUUUCGACGAGGAAAUCACAAGCCCAUGUUAUUUGGAAGAGAUGACUACUCUAUUCAAACUUGGUCUAAUUUGUACGAGCACAUUACCUGAAAUACGACCUUCUAUGAAGGAGGUUCUGCACGUUCUACGCCAAUGCAGCCCUUCAGAAGAUUGUGAUGGGAGAAAGAUUGCAGGUGAGCUCAAUGCUGUUCCCGUCCUUGGCACUCCUAUAUGACCUCAACAAGAUCCUUUCUAUCUAUGGAAAAUCAGUGCUAGCAAACAUUCGAAUUUGUAGCCAUUUGUAUACUCCACCAGAAGAUAUGGGGUCAUAAAAUAGCUGCCAAUCCUACCCCCUUCUUCUACACCCUUCGUUGAUGUUAUGGGAUAAAGAAUUUUCUUUUCUUUUUUAAUCAAGAUAUUAUAGGAUACAGAAUUAGGAAAGAGAAAUUUUAAUGAAGGGAAGAAAAGAGUCUUGCAGUACUGGAAUUAUCAAUUGCAUCUUUCUCAAGUAACUUGCAGGUUAAUGAAUUAGACUUCAGAGCAAUCUGUAUCAUGUAAAGGAAAGACAGGAAGAAAUCUCAUAAACUACAAAGAGUUUCAUAAAGAACACUACACCGCAGAUGUGAGAUGUACAGACACCAGUAAAUUUACAUACCCAAAACAUUUUUGAGACGCCUAACUAGAGUACAAGCAACCCCCCUCCUUUCUCUCUCUCUUCGCCUCCCCCCACCCCACCCUCAGAGGAAAAAAAAAAUGGAAAAGGAAGAAAAUAACUUUCUCCGCACAAUUUGCAAUUAAAAACUCCGAAUGGUUAAACUGUAAGAUUGAUCUCAAAA